UCAUUCUCGGUACGUUCUUUCCGCACUUGGUCGCCGACGUACCAGCUGCUGCCAUCGCCGACAGUCAGCCAACCCCGCCGUCGUCGUACCGAUCGAAGUUCGAAGUAAUACCGCCGCCAGACGGAUCAUAUACCACACAGUCUUCUUUCACUAUAUUCACUUCACACUUAGCCAUCGUUGGCUUUCAACAUACCACCACUGACGUACGGCUCCCUUCCGGCAUUUAUUAUACAUUUAUUUCAUUAUUAUAAUUACUGUUUAUAGUUAUCGUAUUAUUAUUUUUCAUCUUUUUUUUUUUCAAUUUUUUUUUAACCGGAAAAACAGAAUCUAGUACAAUUCGUCAUUUUUCUAUCAAGUUGGAGCAAAGAUAGUAUACAACAUCAUUCAGUCUAGAAGAUAAUCAUGCCGGACGAGAAGAAGCUUUCGUAUGCCUACACCAAUGGCUUUGCAACCAACGGACACGGUAACGGAGGUAUACCUCCGGAGAGUCCAGACGGCGAGAUGUUUUUGUUUACUUCGGAAUCUGUUGGCGAAGGACACCCUGAUAAAAUGUGCGAUCAAAUCAGCGAUGCUAUCUUGGAUGCGCACCUGGAACAAGACCCUGACGCAAAAGUUGCUUGUGAAACUGUUACCAAAACUGGAAUGGUAUUACUUUGUGGAGAAAUAACAUCAAAAGCUAAUGUAGAUUAUCAAAGAGUAGUUCGAGAUACUAUUAGACAUAUUGGAUAUGACGAUUCAUCAAAAGGUUUUGAUUACAAGACAUGUUCAGUGAUGCUUGCUAUUGAUCAACAAUCUCCAAAUAUUGCUGCCGGUGUGCAUAUCAACAGACCAGCUGAAGAGGUCGGUGCUGGAGAUCAGGGGUUAAUGUUUGGAUAUGCAACUGAUGAGACUGAAGAAUGUAUGCCUCUUACAGUAGUUUUAGCGCACAAACUCAAUGAAAAGGUAGCUGAACUUAGAAGGAAUGGAGAAUUAUGGUGGGCACGACCAGAUACAAAAACACAAGUUACUUGUGAAUACUGUUUAGUUGGUGGAGCUUGUAUACCUCAGCGUGUGCACACAGUUGUUAUAUCUGUUCAACAUUCAGAAAAAAUUGCUCUUGAAGAUUUAAGAACAGAAGUUAUGUCUAAAGUUGUCAGGACAGUAAUACCACCACAAUAUCUCGAUGAAAAAACAAUAUUUCAUAUUAACCCAUGUGGCCAAUUUGUUAUGGGUGGUCCUCAGUGUGAUGCUGGUUUAACUGGACGAAAGAUAAUUGUUGACACAUAUGGUGGUUGGGGUGCUCAUGGUGGCGGAGCAUUUUCUGGAAAAGAUUUUACAAAGGUUGAUCGUUCAGCAGCUUAUGCAGCACGUUGGGUUGCCAAGUCAUUAGUUAAGUCAGGUUUAUGUAAAAGAUGUCUAGUACAAGUAUCAUAUGCAAUUGGAGUGGCAGAGCCAAUUUCAAUUACUCUUUUCCAUUAUGGCACAUCUACUAAGACACAAAAAGAAUUGCUGAAAAUUGUAAAUAGCAAUUUUGAUUUACGGCCUGGUAGGAUUGUUAGGGAUUUAAAUUUGAAAAAUCCUAUUUAUCAAAAGACAAGUACAUACGGACAUUUUGGCCGUGACAUAUUUCCAUGGGAAAAGCCAAAGAAAUUGGUUUAGUGAUAAUUGGCAGACUUCUUACACUGUGUGUAUGAUUUAAAACAAACACGUAGAGUUAUUUUAAUAAAUAUUUUUUUAAACAUUAUUGAAUCAAAUGUUGCCACCCGAAUGUAGUGUUAAGAAAUAUAACUGUAAACAACAAAUUAGUAUUCACACAAGAGUAUCCCCCCUUUUUAUUUUAAACUAUUUUCAUAAAAUUCUCAAAACAACAUUUUUUAAAAAAUUAUUGUAGUUUAUUUAACAAAAUUACACAAUAAUAAUUAAUGUUAAGUGAAAAGUGUCUGUGUUAUGCCAUGUAAAUAAGAUAAAUGAAAACUUAUAUUUGACAUAAUUUUUUUGUCAUCUAUUCUCAGUAUAAAAGAAACAAAUGUACUAUUGACACAUCUUUUCUAUUUUUACUAUACAAUUUUUUUUAUUUUGAUUUUAGCUAAGCAUUUAUCUUAGUAUUCAUCAAAAUUGUAAAUUAAAAACUUUUUUCUUGUCAUAAUUUCAUUGAAUAAUAUAAUAAUUAAUGUAUGUACUAUUUAUACUAUGUAUUUAAUCGUAUAUAAUAUAAAUUAUAUAUAAUGUGAAACCAUAAAUAUUUUUUAUCAAAUAGUGAUUUAUUGUUUUCUUUUUAUGGUUUGCAUAAUUAAAUGUUAUAUAAGAAUUGUAGCAAUCAUUAAUAACUAAUAUUGUUCACAACUGUUUCUCUAAGAAUUAUUUCUCUUUUUUUGAAUUGUCAUUACAUUUUUAAGAAGACUAGCAUUUUUUUUUUUUUUAGUCUGUCAUUUUUAUUAAUUUUUAAUAUUGUUGUCAUACAUGUGUUUUAUUUUGCCUUUAUUUUUUUGUUUGUUACAAUUGUAUUAUUGAUUCAAAUUAUAAGUGCUGCUGCCCUCCA